AUGAAGGACGCGGCUAUAUCAAUGUAUGUCAAAUGGUAUGAAGUAAAUGCCACUAUUAAUGAUGAUGCACCUGGUGGAAUCAAGAGAAGUGAAUGCAGGCUAAUACGAACGUAUGCUAAUGACGAAACCACUCUACGUCCUGUACCACCGCUCGGUGAAUAUUCAUGGAAGCAAAUAAGUAUUAACUAUGGUCUAUCAGAUUAUCGUCAAGAAUUCUAA